AUUGUAAAUCAAAUGCCCAGAAUGAGAAAUCAACAGAUAAGCAGCCAAGUUCUGAAGAAGACUCUCAUACAGGAUUCCCAAGGGAUAUUACUACCAUGAUUACUGAUAAUAAACAUGAGGCUGUGUUAGAAAGGCAACAGGUAAACCUUGAAAGCGAAAGAAGAAAAUCUCCUCUCCAAGACCUAGGUUCCAAGGAGGUCACCGAAUUAUUUCCUAUUAAUCUCACCAAAAGAGAGAAACGUUACAUAUGUGCCGAGUGUGGAAAAGCCUUUAGUAAUAGCUCAAAUCUUACGAAGCACCGGAGAACACACACUGGGGAGAAACCUUAUGUAUGUACCAAGUGCGGGAGAGCUUUCAGCCACAGUUCAAACCUUACCCUUCAUUACAGAACACACAUGGUGGACCGGCCCUAUGACUGCAGCAAGUGUGGGAAAGCCUUCAGUCAGAGCUCAGAUCUCCUUAAACACCAGAGGAGUCACAGUGGAGAGGCACCGUAUCAGUGUAAAGACUGUGGGAAAUCUUUCAGUGGUAAAGCCAGCCUGAUUCGUCAUUAUCGAACACACACUGGGGAGAAGCCUUAUCAAUGUAACGAAUGUGGGAAGAGCUUUAGUCAGCACGCAGGUCUUAGUUCACAUCAGAGACUCCACACUGGAGAGAAGCCGUACAAAUGUAAGGAAUGUGGUAGAGCCUUCAACCACAGCUCCAAUUUUAACAAACAUCACAGAAUCCAUACUGGGGAGAAGCCCUAUUGGUGUACUAAUUGUGGGAAAGCCUUCUGUAGUAAGUCAAAUCUUUCCAAACAUCAGAGAGUCCACACUGGAGACGGGGAAGUACUAUAA